AUGGCGACGCUCAGCUCGAUCGACAAGCGCGACGCGAUCGUGCACAACUCGGCCAGCCGGGGACUCCAAGCUGCGGUCGUCGCCGGUGUCACGGCCGGCGCACUCGUGGCACUGGCCAACCAACAGUCGACAUGGUUCCGCCAUCGCCUCGGCGUGAGCGGCAAGGUCGGGCUCGCCGUCAUGGCGUCGGUCGCCAGCUUUGCCAUCGUCGCCGAGCAGGACCUCUUGCGCGGUGUGCGCAACCCGGACGCGUACAUUUCUGAGAUGCACGGCGAGGUCGCCUUGCCCACCAAGACGAUGACGACGAGUGACCUGCCGCUGCUGCAGCGCACGGCCAACUUUGUGUACGACUACCCGUUCCGAACGCUCGUCGGCGCGACGGUGCCGCUCAUCGGGUGCAUUUUUCUGGACCAGAACCGCAACGCCAACAUUCAAUUCUCGCAAAAGAUCAUGCACACGCGCAUUUACGGCCAAGGCGCGUCGGUGGUGCUGCUUCUGAGCACGAUGGCCUUUCACGACUACAUGGCCAAGCGCGGUCGGUUCCAGUAA